AGGACCAGCCUUCACUUUUUCAUCACAUGAGCCUGCCUCCAGCUUUUCCUUCAUUCCUCACUCCUUAAAACAGUGAACCGGACCAUCCGGAACCCCAUUGGCUUAACCGUGUCCCGCCUGGACUGUUGUCAACUGUUAUCUUUUUUUUUUUUUUUUUUUUGACGUCUCAGACCUGUGGCAGUCAUGGAGCCCAUUUGCGCUAUGGGAAUGGCGGCCAGGCUGCGCAGUCAGUGGGACCGAGAUGAUGGCUGGGGCCAGAACCACAAGGCUGUCAAGUUUUUGGGUCAGGACUAUGAGAUGCUGAGGUCUCAGUGCCUCCAGCGCAGGACCUUGUUUGAGGAUUCCUACUUUCCUGCCAGCGGCACCUCGCUGGGAUUUAACGAGCUCGGGCCACGCUCCUCCAAAACACAGGAUGUGCGCUGGAUGAGGCCAACAGAGAUCUGCUCUCGCCCUGAGUUCAUCAUGCAUGGAGCCACUCGCACAGAUAUAUGUCAGGGAGCCCUGGGUGAUUGUUGGCUGCUGGCUGCGAUCGCGUCUCUCACUCUUAAUGAUGACCUGCUGCACCGCGUGGUUCCACAUGGACAGAGCUUCAGAGACGGAUACGCUGGGAUCUUUCACUUUCAGAUGUUCCCUACAGAGACAGUCAGGGUUUCCUCAGGUACAGGACAGCGCUCCUCUCAGACAGCAGCAGAGGAUCUGGAGGCUCCUACACUCUCAGUCCUGUUACUCUGAAUCACACACGAGUUGAGCUGAGCUGGAAUGUAACAAAUG